UUGCUGCUAAGACGUCUCCGUCCGUGCAUCCAAAUUCGGGCGGAGCAGCACGGAUUCAGGAGGGGUCACUCUACAGUCACACAGUUGACUAGAGUGCUGCGCCUGCUUGCGGCAGAGUACAAUCGUGGCCGCAUAUCGUUGGGCGUCUUUCUCGACAUAGAGAAGGCGUUCAACAGGGUGUGGCACUCAGGAUUGCUUUAUAAGCUGUACGAACAGACCAGUAUCCCUCUUGCUAUGUUGCGGCUAGUGGCGUCUUUCCUGGAAGACAGGAAGUUCUACGUUUUUGUAGAGGAUGCCGAGUCCGCAACCAGAUCCAUCAGAGCCGGCGUUCCACAGGGCAGCUGUUUGUCUCCAGUCCUGUACGCGGCUUAUACUAACGACAUCCCAACACUGGCAGGCAGGCUCCAAGCGUGGGAGGACGACGUUGAGCUGGCAUUAUAUGCGGACGAUAGCGCCUAUUUCACCUCGUCCAGAAGAGCCCACAUAGCUACUGCCAGGAUGCAGGGUCUGUUGGACCUGCUGCCACCAUGGCUGGACGAGUGGAGGAUGGUCGUCAACGUUGGUAAGACGACCGCUCUGCUCACUUGCCGUCUCAGAAACUUUCCACCUCCGCUGACCCUCUAUGGCCAGAAGAUUACGUACCAGAAGGCCGUAACCUACCGUGGGUGCGGGAUCGAGAGGACGCUGCGCAUGACCGCGCACGUCGACUUCGUCGUCCGCAGAGCCCGAUGUGCGCGGGCGACGUUCUUGCCGGUCCUGGCAUCCAAGCUGCCAAUCAAAACCAAGCUCCGGAUAUACAAGAUGUAUAUCCGGUCCAUCAUCACCUACGCUGCUCCGGCCUGGUACGCGCUUCUGAGCGACCCUCUGAGGCGGCGAAUGCAGGCCCAGCAGAAUCUGACAUUAAGGACGAUCGUCGGAGCAGGUCGAUACGUCCGGAACGACGUUAUAGCGGCCGAUCUGAAAGUCGAGACCAUCACCGACUUCGUGGCCCCCGGACGGGCGACCUUUUCCAAGAGAACUCCUCUCUAUAGCGAUUAG